AGAACUUUUAGCCGUUCCCUUCCUUCGUCCAGUCGCGCUGAAAAGGCGUUCUUUACGCCACACGACGUACCAGGUCAUUCGUUGACUAACAAGAAUCCAAACCAUUGUUGAGCAACAAUCGGUUCCAACUUAAAAAGAACGUGGCUGAAUCAAUCGGAGAGACGCGAAGGAGGAGAGUUCAGGAGUAAAACAAAGGACGAACGUCGACUUAGCUGCAGGUUCAAUGUCAAGGCUUCACUUUCAAAUAUUCCUCCACGCCCCCCACCCCCCAGAAAACGCGAGACAAUCGGAUUUCGGGACCCAAUCUUCAGCCGAAGAUAAGAGAGUCCAUUGCUGGAGUUACUUGUUCUAACGUGCCACGGUUGGCACUCCUGAUUCACAGUCCAUUCCGCACAGAUACCAACUUUAAAUCCUGAUCCACACGUCCUCCAUCUUGACUCAGGGUGUUCGUGGUUUUCCUCAGUCUCUCAUGCAAAUUCCGGCCUAUCACCUUAAAUAAGGUCACGGCCGCUUCCUUCCACAUCCCUUCCACUAGUCAUCAAUCAUCACAUCAUUCAACACUACACAGCACAGUCAGCGUCGUUAAACAAAGUACAGUCUUCGCGCUAUAAAAAUUGGAAACAUUUUUAACGGAGCAUUUAGAAGAACUGAGGCUGACUUGUACGAAGAUACCAGGCAUGAAGAUGGAGGCAAUAUAUUUCUCCGAAACGUCAUGCCCGGACCUCAGGAACCUGAGCGCCAGGUCGGAGCUACUGGACGAGCUGGUCGCGCCCUGCAGGUACGACCAGUGGGCUCUGCCCACCGGAAACAGGACUGGGCCCCUCAACGUGGGAGUGCGAAUGCACGUCUACUUCCUGGGCGCCAUUGAGGCUCAGAGCCUGCAAUUCACGGCGCACAUCAUUCUGCGUCUGCGGUGGGUCGACCAGCGACUGGAGUACAGGGGCUUCGCCCCCGACGUGCCGCUGAUAGUGCGGGAGGGAUAUCCGAGAAUCAGUCUGUGGACGCCACACGUGUACCUGGUGAACGAGCAGGAAUCCGUUGUGAUGGGGUCCGACAGGAAGGACGUGCUGCUCACCGUGGAGCCAGACGGAACUGUUGUGCUCUCCACGAGGAUGAAAGUUACGCUCUUCUGCCUGAUGAACCUGCAGAAAUUUCCAUUCGACGAACAGCAGUGCCCUCUGGUCCUCGAAAGCUGGACACACAACAGCAGCGAACUCAUCCUCUUCUGGGAGCCAGACUCGCCGGUCACCGUCAACAAGGACCUUCACCUCACCGAGUACCGGUUGGUAAACAUGUGGUCCAACUUCAGUGUUGCCAACUACUCGCUGACAUCCGACGUAAGCUCGACCUUCGGCCUGCACUCCAGGCACUACGGGAAAUUUGGUGGUAACUACAGCGCGCUGACAGUUCGGUUCGACUUGGCUCGAGAGGUCGGUCACUACAUAAUGGACUAUUUCGUGCCCAGCAUCCUGUUGGUCGUCGUGUCCUGGGUAUCCUUUUGGCUGGACCCGAAUGCCGUUCCCGGCAGAACGACCCUGGGGACCAGCACGAUGCUGACUUUCAUAACGCUGACUCGCAACACAGGCAGCUCCUUGCCCAAGGUGUCGUACAUCAAGGCCACCGAGAUCUGGUUCAUCGUCUGCACGGCCUUCAUCUUCGGCUCACUCGUGGAGUUCGCCUUCGUCAACACCAUCUGGCGGAGGAAGAGAAACGUGGAGCUGAAGAAAGUGAACAGCAAAUACAUCCUCAAGUCCACCCUGACGCCACAGAUGAGUCGCAAGCAGAUCCACAGUUCGACCUCCAGCAUCGACCGAUGCCAGUCGUGGCCCAACGUCACGCAGACCGACUCCAACAGCGACCUCAAGUUCUACCUGGGGCCUAACGACAGCAACACUCUGACCGUGAACUCCAUGGAUUCCAUUCGCAACGACCCCAACGCGGGUUCGAAGCCUGACCCCGACUACACGGACCUGGUGAUACCUGUGCCCGCCCCCGGCUCCCCGCCCAACAACUCCGGCUUCACGACGAUGACGCCCCAGCAGAUAGCCCAGUGGAUCGACCGGCGAAGCCGCGUCUUCUUCCCCGCCGCGUUCAUCCUCUUCAACGUCCUCUACUGGGGCUUCGUCUGGAUCUGAGCUCCUUCCUUCGACGACGCGGAACGGACCCCUUAACUUCACGAAACCCUGACAUCUCUCCGGUGCUCGGCAACGAGGGUUCGAGUCAAACAUAAUCUGUAUCGACUUAGACGCUCCUUUUCGAGCACCGAAUAUUUAAGGCACGGACGAAGUUCACAUUCGUCAAAUUAUUUGUUUCGCGAAUCCCAAAGGGGUCUUAAGAGUCUUCAGCAUCAGAAAACACUGCAGUGUUUGUGAACAAAGCAGAACAGAGAAAAACUUAAGACGCAACCUUCUUCAGGAGGAAAAUGUUGCUGUAUUAUUUGAUCGUUUUGUGAGAAAAUACCGACUAUUAAGUUUACGAGGCUUCGUGCAGUCUUCUCGCGAAAGGUAGAAGAUGGAAACUGUUGCCUGAAUGAAUAGGAAUUUUCACACACGGCAUUUAUCGUGGAAUGAAAUAUUCACGUAUUUCGUCUGUCGAAAUACACGUGUCUUAUUGUACAUUUAAUCGAAAAACGACUGAAAAUUACACGAAGACAAAAGUCAAUUAACUACGAGGGCAUUUGCCCGGAAGUAUCGUGCAAUUCCACGAGAUGGCAGGCCACAAGGAUCGAUAAUACAGAGGAAUCGAUCUAUGACAUCGCCACGGCCUGUAUCGAUAGGAACGCCUUGGACCGGAAGUGAUGUGAUCGGGGAAUCUGCCUGUCGUUAUGCAAUAAAAGUGCGACUAAAAUACUAGUCAAAGUAAUUCAGGAAACUGUUUCCAGUUACCACAGCGAGGAGGGACUUUGUGACUAUUCUAGUAACUUCCUUGAAUUCUAAUGCAUAUAUUAUAGAUGGAUUGUACCCACACGUAGUUCGUUAAAACUUAGUUAUUAGGAUGAAAACACCAAAUGCUUAACCAAGGAGUUUAUAUUUUUGCAUUACAUAACAUGGACUAAUAUCAUUAAAUGUAUCAACUAAUUUUUGAAACACUUGCCUGACAGAGACGA